AUGGAUACCUUCACUCCGACCUCGGCAACGCAGACUGAGCACCACCGAGAGGAAGAGCUCCGGAAGGGGCGCCUCGUUUUGUUCGGGCUGCUUACCUCCUACUCCGGCCUGUUGAUGUACCUCUUGUGGGGCGACUUGGUGUCCGUGGCCUCCGUCGGGGUGACCUACGUCGCCGUCGGCCUCCUGCUCGGCAGGCGCUUCGGUUGCUGGGAGCCAAGAACCGACGGAGGAAGACGGUGGCUGGGCCCCGUCACCUGCUUCCUCUUCCUGUCGCUCGGGGUCCUUCAGGUAUCCAUGGUCCUUCAGCUUUGCAGGGUCCUUCAGGUCGAAGCAGCAGCGCCCUGA